AUGGCCUGCCCCGGCCUGCAAUCCCCUCUCCGCCAACUCGUCCGCAAUGCAGGCCGCUCACGAGAGGUCCCAUCAUUCCUCGUCCCGGCUCUUUCUUACAGCUGGACUUCCCGACACAACUCGACGCUUGCCCACGUCCCUCAAUCACGAAUAGGCCGGACGCCAAUCAACGUACCACCCGAGGUGUCGUUACGGUUUUAUGAACUGCCAAAAUUGAAUGCACGGAGUAGGAACCCAGACACACCGACCACUGCGGUGGAGGUCAAGGGCCCGUUGGGAUCAAUGACCGUUCUGCUACCACCGUACUUGAAAGCCGAGCACGACGAAUUCGCGAACAAACUCAAUAUCAGCGUCAGCGAUGCGGCGGAAAAACAUCAGCGAUCAAUGUGGGGCACAAUGCGCGCUCUUGUACAGAACUCGGUGUCGGGAGUCUCGGAAGGCCACCUGUGCAUAUUGCGCCUGGUGGGCGUGGGGUACCGUGCGACAGUGGAAGACUCGGCCCUCACAAAGAAAGCCGCCUAUCCGGGUCAGAAGUUUGUCAACUUGAAGCUGGGAUACGCGCAUCCCGUGGAGAUGCCGGUGCCCAAAGGUGUCAAGGCCAGCGUGCCGCAGCCGACGCGGAUCCUGCUUGAAGGAUGUGAUAAGCAGGCCAUCAUGCAGUUCGCAGCCGAGAUCCGCAGAUGGCGGAAGCCGGAGCCGUACAAAGGCAAAGGUAUCUUUGUCAAUGACGAGACGAUACGGCUGAAGGCGAAGAAGAUCAAGUAG